GCCCAAUUCUUACUUGCUUACAUACACCACAUAGUGCUUACCUAAAACCACUGCACCAUCAACAACGCAUGCAGCUUAAUCCGGUGUUCGGUGUUUCCCGCCCAAGACACUCGCAGCUUCAUGUAGCACAGAUUUGGAUUGCGGGGUUGCUGAGCCGGGGCUGAGUGAACUCAGGCUCGACAUAUGUUCAGCUGCGUUCUGCCAAUCUAUUGUGCUCUACUUCAACCGCACAGCAGCAGGCCGGCGUUAGAUAUCGAGCGACCCAUAAAACCGAUAUUUGCGGAUAUGGCGACUCUCCGCAAACUUCUCCUGCCGACGAAACGUCCCACCAUGGCCCAUCUCCUCGUACUCCCUAUGGAACUCCUGCUGCUCAUCGUCGAGGGCCUCCCUGCCGUCGCCAUUGUCUCUCUACGACGCACUUGCAAGCUACUCUCCUCGCGGCUUGCACCAGUACUCGUAUCGCUGGCCUUCACCCAGUAUCGGCGAAAAUACAGCGGGUCCCCAACCCUCGGCUGGGCCUGCUACACUGGCAACCAUCCGAUCGCGCAGUCGCUGCUCUCGGAGGAGAGUAGCAGUCACAGCACCAACACGCUGACCAGCCUCCUCUACGUCUGCACCAGACUCAAUAAGGUAGCGAUAGCACGCCUACUCCUCGAGCACGGCGCCGACAUCAAUGGGCCUCUAACAUGCGAGCAUUCGCUGCUGCAUCGUGCCGCUCUUGGGAUCGAUCAGCGCGGUUAUCCGGAGAUGGCGAAGUUACUCCUCGACUGGGGGGCCGACAUUUCCUCCGUCGAUGCUCGGCACCGUACCCCGCUUCACCUCGCCUGCCAGGCCGUUUCCACCGAAGCGGACAAGGAGGUGGAUAAUCUGGAGGUUUUUCGGGUGCUCAUGGUGCAUGGCGGUGCGGAUGUGAGCCUGAAGGACGAUCAGGGGCAGACACCAUUGGAUCUAAUGCGUGCUGCUAGGCCAAUGUCGCUAGUUGCGGCAUCGUACUGGGCGGUGGUGUAUCGGUGCUGGGUGGUGCGGCAGUGGCGGCAGUGGCGGCCAAAGCGAUCUGCUUCGGAUGAGGAUCAUGUAGAGUACGUAUAGUAUGUAGCACAGCCUAGAACGAGCGAAGGAAUGAUGUAGCUUCCAUCCCCCGUCGGCUUGGUCCUCUUAUUUUCGAGAACUCAAACCAGGCAUUGCGCCGACACAAUCCGAC